AACAGUCCACAGUCAUUUUAUGUCAUAUACGUUCGUGUCUUCAUAGCUACACUGUGUCGCUAUCAUUAUCAGUUAAUUAUUAUCUACGUACAUGUAUCACCUGUUUCUGCAUUCACAGCUGGAUUAUAGACGUGACAUAAUGUUUACAGCGGUUUUAGUUUUAAUGAGUGUUUCAGGUAUAAAUGGCUGGACAGACACGAAAGUGAGGAGAUUUCGAGAUAACUUCUUAUUUGGUGCAGCGACGUCUGCGUAUCAAGUGGAGGGAGGCUGGGAUGUUGACGACAAAGGCGAAAAUAUAUGGGACAGAUUCCUACACGAGCACCCGGGUGUGGUAGCGGACGGUAGGAAUGGUGAUGUUGCCUGUGACUCCUACCACAAGUACCAGAGGGACGUGGAGAUGUUGCGGGAAUUGGGAGUUGAUCAUUAUAGAUUUUCCAUAUCAUGGAGCAGAAUUCUGCCGACUGGUUUCUCGAACGAAAUUAAUGAAAAAGGUUUGGAAUAUUACGACAAUUUAAUAGACGAACUCCUGAAAUACGAUAUAAAACCAAUGAUCACGUUAUUUCACUUCGAUUUGCCGCAAACCCUCCAAGAUUUGGGUGGUUGGGCCAACCCUCUCUCCGUCGAAUGGUUCGAAGAUUACGCUAGGGUUGUAUUCGAAAAGUUUGGCGCCAAGGUCAAAUAUUGGAUAACGAUUAACCAACCCAACUCCAUAUGUGUGGAUGGUUAUGGUGGGAUCGAAUUUGCUCCCGCGGUUGGAUCCAGUGGUGUUGGGGAUUAUUUGUGUAUUAAGAAUGUUCUGUUGGCGCAUGCGAAAGCGUAUCGACUGUAUGAGGAGGAAUAUAAAGCUAAAUAUAAAGGUUCCGUGGGGAUAUCUCUAUCGGUAAACUGGGCUGACUCAUACGAUAAUAAAACUGAAAAUAUUGAAUCGACUGAUUUAUACAGAGAGUUCACGAUCGGCUUAUACAUGAAUCCGAUUUGGUCGAAAGAAGGGGAUUUUCCAGCUGUAGUGAAAAAGAGAGUUUUACAAAGAAGUCUUGAACAGGGUUACCGUAAGUCUAGGCUGCCUGAAUUUAGUUCAGAUGAGAUAAUUCUUUUAAAGGGUUCAGCAGAUUUCUUGGGAGCGAACCAUUACACGACGACAUUGGUGAAGAAAGCAGAGAAACGUUUUCCAUCUCCCUCUAUCGAUGACGACAUGGGCGUUGAACUCAGCCAAAGAUCGGAAUGGAAAACUUCUCAAUCGAGUUGGUUAAGGAGCGCGCCCUACGGGCUUUACAAGAUGAGUAUCCACAUCAACAAAGUCUACGACUACCCGCCUGUGUUCAUCACGGAACACGGCUGGUCUACAAUGAGGGGUCUGAAGGAUUCCUCUAGAGUUAAAAUCUUGAGGGACUAUUUCAACGCCCUCCUCUUCGCCAUUGAAGACGGAACUGAUGUGAAGGGUUACACGGCAUGGAGUUUGAUGGACAAUAUCGAGUGGACGGCUGGUUCCAGCGAACGUUUCGGAUUAUAUGAAGUGAACUUCGAUUCUAAGGAAAAAACAAGAAAAGCAAGAUUAUCAGCACUAGUUUAUAAAAGAAUUAUAGAAGAACGAAUAGUGGAGGAGAAUUGGAAGCCAGACAAUCUGAAUAUUUCUAUAACGAAAAGGAAAAAAUAUGUAAAAGUGGAAUUAUGAUCAUUUGUUUUAUAAAAUAAAACUCUUUUGUUUUA